AUGGCGCCGAGCCACUACUCGGCGCAAGAGGCGUGGGGUCUUCAUGACCGACGAUACGGUCCACAAUCCAGCGUCGCUCACUCGAUGCAUCUACCAAGGGAGGAGGAGCAUCACGACGGAAGGCUUCUUGGGUUGGGCGCCGAUUCUCAUAAUCGGGCGCCUGUGCCGUCGAGUGACGAGCUUCGUUUCCUUCGUGCUGACACUGAAGAGGCGAUGAACGGCCUUCUGGAUGCCCGUGAGAUGGCCGAGAGGGCUCGAGAUCGUGCAGCAGCUGCGACAGGGCUGCCGAGAGAACCCGACGGGAGCAGCAGGGCUUGGUGGAGCGUCUGCGACAGCUCGAGACUGCUGCGUUCGGUGGACCCCAGCAGAACGAGUCUGCUCGCGCUCGUCUAG